AAAUAAAGAAACCGAGAAAUCGAGCCGCCAUUUUUUGCGUUUGGCAGUCGGCGUGCAAAUCGGGUGACAACAUGGCGAACUUACGUGGCCUUUAAAAAUGAACAAAGUUGUGUAGAUUAUUCACUGUUAUUUACUCAAGGACAGAUAAACUCAAAGGCGUAGGAUAGUUUUAUACCUAGUGCACCUAUAGCAGUUAUUUAUUCUGCGAUCUAAACAUGGUUUUGGCAGAUUUGGGUCGUAAGAUUACCGAAGCAUUGCGGUCUUUGAGUAAUGCAACAAUAAUAAAUGAGGAGGUAGAGGGUUAUAUUUGUAUAUUAUGCAUGAUAUCAGGUAUAUUCACUGUGUAAUAAUGAUAGAUUAUAUACUUUAUGUCCGUGAAUAUUUAUUUGUAAAAAACCCCAUGCAUUUUGAUGUUAAUUAUUAACUGAUCAAUAUAGAAAAUAGCAAAUCAGUUACUGUGUUCUGUGGAUUUAAACAAAUUAUAAAACAUUGGCCUGGUUUGAUGGUUGUAAGAUCAUCCUGAUUCCUGAUAGAUAAUCCAUCUUUGGUACAAAUCAGGCCAAUGUUUUUUUUACACAGACACAGUAUAAAAGUUUGCCUGAUCACUUGUCUGUGUAUAUUAAAUAACACUGUAUCUAGAUGCCCGGCAGUCAUUAGUAUUCAUAAUAAAAAUAGCUCAUAUAUUAUUUUAGCAGUAUAAAAAGGUUAUUUUGCAAUGAAUUUCAGUGAGCUUGUUUAAUAGUAGCUCAGCGGUUAAACCGUGUGACUGAAACGUUCUGGGGGUGGGAUCGAUUCCCUUCAAGUCGUCGUGUUCAAGUUCGUUUUAGAAUUGUUCUUUAGAAGUUUUAAAUUUUUUUUCCUGACCAGUUUUAACUUUCCUCAACCUUCAAAGGUUAGCAGUUAGGGCUGGGGUUAUGAUAUCAAAUAUUAUUCAUACUGAUUCAUUUUAGGUUUUAAAUUCCUUAUUGAAAGAAGUAUGCAAAGCGUUGCUUGAAGCAGACGUCAAUGUUCAGUUAGUGAAAAAAUUACGAGAAAAUGUCAAGUAGGUCAAAGUAUAUUGAUGUAUGUGAUAUGGAAUGCUGCAAUUCUAGUCACAAAAUAAUGCGGCCAUUUCCAUAGUUGUUUGUCAUUUUGAUACAUCCUACUUCUAGAGCUGUUUUCACAGCAAAUAUCACAAAGCAAUUGCCAUCUUUUAACAACUCUUUAACUUUGAAAAGAAAUUCUACACUCGCACGAUAUAGUACCAUUGUUCAGGAGCCAAUUAUGUUUUAUAAUAAUAAACUGCGAAAGAUUGCAAGCAGCAUAAUAACAUUUUGUUGACUACUUUAGAUCAGCAAUAGAUUUUGAAGACAUGGCUGCUGGCCUUAACAAGCGAAGGAUGAUACAACAUGCUGUUUUCCAAGAACUUUGUAAAGUAAGUUUAAUGAGCUUGACAAUGUUUGUCAAGAGUGUUUGACAGGUUUAUUUAUAUUUCCAUGCAAAUAAUGGUAGAAUUUAUAAACAUGAGAUAAUAAAGUAUAUUUUCUUACCUAGCUUGUAGAUCCAGGAGUAAAGACGUGGCAGCCGCAGAAAGGAAAACCAAAUGUCAUUAUGUUUGUUGGCUUGCAAGGAAGUGGCAAAACUACAACAUGUACAAAGGUGAGUAUUAAGUUUUUUAGCACCAGAAAUUGUGGAUUGAGAAGGUUUGGACUACCUGAAAUAUACAAGUAAAACUUCAACGUUUUGAGAGAAGACCCUUUCAUUGGGAAGUUACUUCACCUACUAAAUUCCAGAUGAAGGGCUGUUGCUCAAAGCGUUAAACUUUUGCUUGUAUUUGUCAGGUAGUUGAAUCCCUCUUUUCAAAUAUUAAUGUUACAUUGAGAGUAUAUCGCUGUAUUUUCACAGUUAGCUUAUUACUAUCAAAGAAAAGGAUGGAAGACAUGUUUAACUUGCGCAGAUACAUUUCGAGCAGGUAACAGUUCUCAUAUUUUUGUCAAAUAACAGCUAAGGUUUCUCUCAUGUAACAUAUGGGUUAUUACAGCUCCUGGAACAUAAUUUUGUAAUAAUCUUUUCAUUUUAGUUUCAAAUUAAUUGUUAUUUUUUGACACUUUUUCAUUUUGUACUUAUCCUAAAUAUUUGUUCUUACAAAACAGGGGCAUUUGAUCAGCUGAAGCAGAAUGCCACAAAAGCUAGGAUUCCUUUCUAUGGAAGGUAGUUUUAAAACUAAGUAAAAAUUAAUAUUAUAUCAAGAGUCCCAUUAUAGUGUUGUAAAAUGGUCUUGUGCAGUACAGUAUAUUGUGACAUACUCUACUAAAGCUUAUAGUACAUUGUAGCUACAUUGAUUAAAGAAAAUAAUUUGAUUGAUUUGUAGUUAUACUGAAAUGGACCCUGUCAUCAUUGCUCAGGAUGGAGUGGAAAAAUUUAAAUCUGAAAAAUUUGAAAUUAUUAUUGUUGAUACAAGGUAGCAUUCUAGUAUUAUGUUGUAAGUCAAUUCUAACGCUUUGAUAUCACAGUAUAAUACAGUUUGUUGAACUGAUUUCUGGUUGCAUUCCAGUGGUCGUCACAAGCAAGAAGAAUCAUUAUUUGAAGAAAUGUUGCAAGUCUCUAACGCAGUAGUAAGUUUAAAGAUCAACACAGAAAUUGGUACACGUAAAUUGUCUUGAUACAUGGUGGAGUUUAAACAACAUUCAUAAAAGUAACUUUUAAUUUAUUUCUACAUUACAGGAUCCUGACAAUAUUAUUUUUGUCAUGGAUGCUACCAUUGGGCAAGCUUGUGAAUCCCAGGUAAAUCCUUGCAGGAAAUAGUGGUGGAUGCUGGCAUCUAGGAUCCCUGAAAAUUCUCAGAACUGGCAGAACAUUUGCAACACUAACAGUGCUGAGAAAAUAGUUUAUUUGGAAGACUACUAGUGAGCUUGGCAGAAAACUUUGACCCCAAAAAUGAUUAAGAUCCCAGAGACAAAAAUAUCAUUUCCUGCUAUGAUCCUUAAGACCAAGGUUUUGCAACUUAUUCUUUUGCUGCAAUGAAGGUGAAACUAUGCUUUUGUUUUUUGUCUCCAGGCCAGAGCUUUCAAGGAGAAAGUUGACGUUGCUUCAGUGAUUGUAACCAAGUUAGAUGGUCAUGCAAAAGGUGGUGGCGCAUUGAGUGCGUAAGUCAUCCAAAUGAUGUUUCUCUUAAUUCACUUGAAGGAAGAUCAACACUAAAUCUUUAUAGACUUUAAUCUUUUUUCAUUCUCCAAUCAAUGUAGAGUUGCAGCAACAAAGAGUCCGAUCAUAUUCAUUGGGACAGGCGAACAUAUUGAUGACUUUGAACCAUUCAAGACGCGACCAUUCAUCAGCAAAUUAUUAGGUCUUUUAACUUUAUUAUUAUUAGCGCAGUUUUAAGACUAGAUGGUUUACAAUUGAAAAAAAUAUAACCAAACUGAUGUCAUUCUUAGCUUCUCACUUCUUCCUAAGUAAAAACUAAAGCCUUGUUGACACUAUCAGUUUCUGUGAUCACAGUAGGAAUUUUGCAUUCGUAGAUUCUAAGUUUUGAAGGAUUUGUAAGAAAUGUUUAACACUCGGUAUUUAACACUAAAUAUAAGUUUCCUCAAACAUUUCUUACAAAUCCUUCAAAACUUAGAAGUACCUAUGCAAAAUUCCUACUGUGAUCACAGAAACUUUGAUAGUGUAAACCAGUCGUAAGUAUAAUAUCGAUAACUCAAGUAAGUAAAAAUCUCCAAAAAAAUUGAACAUGCUUUGCCGUCUUUACCAGGAAUGGGUGAUAUCGAAGGCUUGAUUGAUAAAGUGAAUGAACUGAAAUUGGAAGAGAACGAAGAACUUAUUGGAAAAUUAAAACAUGGUAAGUUUAUAGUAUCUCAAAACAGAAGGCACGGAGAACAGUGGAAUUCUCAAAACAACGAAAAAAGAAUGGAACAUUUCAAUCACUGGAUCGUGAUUCGAUGGUAGUUAAAUGUUUAUGCUUAGUGUUGAAAUUGUUAUUGAUUUUAUUAGGGCAGUUUACGUUAAGAGAUAUGUACGAACAGUUUCAAAAUAUAAUGAAAAUGGGACCUUUUAAUCAGAUUAUGGUGAGUGGUUUAUAGUCUGUUUUGUGUUUUAGAAAUGCAUUCCCGUAUUUCUUAUAAUUGGCGAAUAAUUGCAACAUUGCGAGCAAGUAUAUUCCACGUGGUUUGCGAGCUAGAAAAAUUGCAUCACGUCUAUAUAUAUGUUGUAAAUUUGUUGAAUUUAGAUAAAAUGUUGAAACGACUGUCUAGCGAUGUUUUAUCCCAUAUAUAGGGCAUGAUACCCGGCUUUGGUAGCGAUUUCAUGACGAAAGGAAACGAACAAGAAUCUAUGGCGAGACUUAAGAAACUUAUGACAAUAAUGGACAGUAUGAAUGACCAAGGUAAAAGUAAUAUUCACGACGCCAGUUGAAGCCAUGGAUAAUUACAGUAAAACACUUUCUUAUCUAUCUAUCUAUGUGUUAACCAACACAGGUUAUAUAGUUCAUUUUCGGUCCCACAUUUUGAACUAUACGCUUCCCAUUUUCGGAGACAAAAUUAUUAUAUUUCUUUCUAAAAUUCCUUCAGCUAGAAUACCUGGUAAUUUUGCUAGUAUAUAGUUGCAUAAAAUCUAGUCUAGUAUACGGUUUAAGUAUUGUCGUUAACGUCACCAUUUUAAAGUAUUGUCGUACUUUUGUACUCGUGAGUCAUCUUUCCACAAAAAAAACACUGCAGCAAAAUCUUGCCAAAAAGGUCAAAAAUACCGAACAAGUUUCGCUAUAUUCAAGUAAUUAUUUAUAAAUUCUAUAUUACCCACCUUUCUUUAUCUCACGAGCCAAUUUUUACAUAGGAAACAGUAUUAUUUUAAUAGUUUAUCUUGAUAUUUUUCUUCAUUGUAGAACUGGAUAGUUUGCAAGGCUCCAAAUUGUUUUCGCGGGAAAGAGGACGGGUGGCGCGCGUGGCUCGGGGGUCUGGGACCUCAGUUCGCGAAGUUGAUGAACUGUUAUCGCAGUACAAUAAAUUUGCCGCCAUGGUCAAAAAAAUGGGCGGAAUUAAAGGAUUAUUUAAAGGUCUGUUGCAUACUAUAAAAAUAGCUUUCUAUACAGAACAAACAUUUCUUACAAAUCCUUCAAAACGUAGAAUUUAUCUAUGCAAAAUUCCUACUGUGAUCACAGAAAAAAAAAAAAAAAAAAAUUAAGGAUAGGAUGAAACAAAGGUAGCCAAGCAUUCACACUACUUAAAAACUCAUUAAUAAUUCAGGAGCAAAACACAAAGAAAAAUCAUAAGCGUGUCGUGGUUUUAUAUGUGAUAAAAAAUCAUGUUAAUUUCCAUAAACUUUAGCUUUGAUUUUCUCGGUUUAGACAAAGUUUAUUUUAUAAAUUACUUCGCCAAUGAUCUCGUAUAAAAUGAGUCGUUUUUUAAGCCAUUUAAAGCACUUGUAGUCGUGUUUUAUCACAUAUAAAACACUCCGCCACGCGUCGUGUUUUAUAUGUCAUAAAACACUCCUACGCGUGCUUUAAAUAGUACAUAAAAUGCUGCAAUUGGAGAAUUAAUGUUACAGUAGAUAUUGUAAAUGCAAUGUGGUAAUAAAUAUUAUGCUGUGUUUAGGCGGUGAUAUGUCUAGAAAUAUGAACCCAUCUCAGUUCCAAAGACUUAACCAACAAAUGGCAAGGAUGAUGGAUCCCCGAGUACUGCAACAAAUGGGUAAGUACCAGCCCGUACCCAAUUUCACAAAUUUAUAAGAACUACGUACAGUAGUAGUACACCUGUUACUAUUUGGUCUUUUUCAUACAACCAUUUUACAAAUAUGUUUUGUUUCCAGGUGGUAUGCAGGGUUUACAAAGCAUGAUGAGACAAUUCCAAGGAGCUGGAGGCAUGCCUGGCGGUGGCGGACAUAAUUAGAACUGGGUUGUGAGCAUAAUUUGACGUAUAAACUGUUUAGAUGGGUUGUCACUUGAGCUAUCCCUGUCUUAUUGGUGUCAUGUCGAGUAUCAUCCUCAACAUUGCGUAUAUAGUUUCGUAAUAUUCUGUCGAAAAAACUGGCAAUUUUUCUGAGCCUCUUCGCCAUGAUGUAUUAUUACAUCGUGUAUCGUUUUAAAACAACUCGUUCAGUGGCUGGGGAAGAUUGUUCAGACACAUCUAGUCUAUACCUUACUACUAGACUAAUUUAUCAGUGACAAGGCUUCCUUCCUUGUGCAAAAACUAUUCGCGCUAGUCUUUUGAACAAGGAUGUGGUACACACAAAUUAAACACACAACAUCUGGUACUUUGUACAUUAGAAUUAAGGUAAAAUAUUUUAUAAAUAUGUACACACAGAAUGUAAAACUUAUUAAUAAAUAAAGCAUUUCUCCUAUGCUGUGUCACUCAACAGAUGGUUGUCACUCAACGUAUAGAUACCUUCGUUGAAGAGAGUAGAAAUUCACUCUUUCGUAUUUGGAACAUGACUCAGUAUAUGCUCUGUUGCAGCUUGAAUAACCUGCGAGAAAAAAUGCAUUUUUGGAAA